AGCUCUGGAGCACCUAUCGGCUGCAUGCCAACAUCAGCGCGGAAGAUGGUGUCUAAGCGCAUUGCCCAGGAGACCUUUGACACAACUGUGCGUGAGAACAUCAAGGAGUUUGUGAUGGGGCCAGAGAAGGCGGUCAAAGAGGCCGUGGAGCAGUUUGAAUCGCAAGGGCUUGAUCUGAGCAACACCGUAAAGAUGGUGCCUGAAGUCUCUGCAGACGGCCCCCAGCAGCCCACAUGUGACGUCCUGCAGACGCUGAGUGACCUACAGGAGUCUGUGGCCAGCUCUUGCCCCCAGGAAGUGUCAGCACACCUCACCCACUUCUGCGACCAGCGCAAGCAGGACAAGGCCUGCUGCUUCCUCGAAGCCCAGAAAGGGACCUACCCCAUCAUCUUUGCUGUCUGGAAGCUGGCCACUACAAGUGACCGGAGCCUUCUGCUCCAGUCCCUCAAUGCCCUGUCAGUGCUGACUGAUGGCCAACCAGACCUCCUGGACACCCAGGGCCUGCAGCUGCUGGUGGCCACACUGGCCCAGAAUGCCAACGAGGCCGACCUGACCUGUUCUGGGAUCCGCUGUGUACGUCAUGCUUGCCUGAAACAUGAACAGAAUCGGCAAGACCUGGUGAAAGCCGGCUUGCUGCCGCUGCUGACUGGCGCCAUUGUCCAUUAUGGCCACCACACCAACGUGGUCAGAGAGGCCUGCUGGGCCCUGCGUGUCAUGACCUUCUAUGACGACAUGCGUAUGUCCAUUAGCCACGUCCACAACCACGCCAAGAUGAUUGUGCAGGAGAACAGAGGAUUGAAGGUGCUGAUCAAAGCCACCAAAGCAUUCCUGGAUGACCCCAGCAUCCUGAGCGAGCUCUGUGGAACCCUGUCCCGCCUGGCUGUCCGCAACGAGUUCUGCCAGGAGGUCGUCGACCUCGGGGGCCUGAGCAUCCUGGUGUCCCUGCUGGCUGACUGCAGUGACCACCAGAAGCUCGUGAAGCAGUUGCUGAGCGCCCUGCGAGCCAUCGCAGGCAACGAUGACGUAAAGGACGCCAUUGUCCAUGUUGGCGGGAUGGAGUCCAUCGUGGCUGCCAUGACCUGGCACCAGGCCAGCCCCCAGGUGUGUGAGCAGAACUGUGUGGCCGUGAGCGUUCUGGCCCUGCGUAAGCCCAACAACAGCCACAUCAUCGUGGAGGGUGGCGGGGUUGUGAUAGCGCUGCAGGCCAUGAAGGCGCACCCGCAGGAGGCCGGCGUGCAGAAACAGGUUUGUAUGCUGAUCCGAAACCUGGUGUCCCGCAGCCGGGCCUUCUCGAAGCCCAUCCUGGACCUGGGGGCUGAGGCACUCAUUACAAAGGCCCAGUCGAACCACCGCAGCUGUGAGGAUGUGGCCAAGGCCGCCCUGCAGGACCUGGUUUGCCAUGUUGAGUUCCAAGAACUGUGGACUGGCCAGAGGGGCCACCUGGUGCCGUGA